UGUAAAGGAAACACCCAAGGUGACGGCCACCAUCCCCGCUGGAGAGCAGUGCCCUGUCCACCAUGUCCCGCAGAAGAAGCAGAUUCCUCUAUCUCCUUUUUCUCCUCAUUUUUUUAUCUCUUUUCGGCUUUUACAAAAACAUUCAGAAACGGGCAGAUGUCUGUACGGGCUCCCGUCGUGCGACUUGGUGGGUACCGAAAAAAACGUGCCAGAGAAUCAAGAAAUCCAUCAUCCAGACACCUCUGGAAAAGGUAAAUGCCAUCAAUCUGAUGAAAAAUGUUAAAAGUCUGCAAAGAUGCCCCUGGUCCCUGAACACAAUGAUGCUGCAUGAAGUAAGGUCGGAGCUCGCAUCCUGCUGUAACGCCACCGGCGGCCUCCUAGUCACGCAAGAAAACACCCGGAUCGGAGAUGUCAUCACUUACGAGACUCAGAGCAACAGACAAAUAAAGAUAACAGAACAAAUCCAUCAAAUGCUUCCCCAGACCUCGCCGUUCCCGGAUAAGCCCUUCCGGCGCUGCGCGGUGGUGGGAAACGGCGGCGUUUUACUCAACAGCUGCUGUGGUUCCGAAAUAGACCAAGCCGACUACGUCUUCAGGUUAAAUUUGCCACCGAUGAAUUACUCGUAUGACAUCGGGACCAAGACGGAUCUGGUCACCGCCAACCCCAGUAUUCUGCACAACAACUACUCGAGAUUGGACAAGAAAAGGCGACCCUUUGUCGAAAUGCUGAAGGCCUACAAGUCAGCCUCUCUCCUGAUGCCCGCUUUCUCCUUUGCGAGCAACACCGACGUGUCCUUCAAGGUUUUCUACGCCCUGCAAGACUUUGAGUCGGAGCAGAAGGUUCUCUUCUUCCACCCGACGUAUCUGAAGAACCUUGCUCUCCACUGGAAGGGUAAGGGGCUGAAGGUCCGACGUCUGUCUUCCGGCCUCAUGAUAGUCAGCAUCGCCCUUGAGCUUUGUGAUGAGGUCUCGAUGUACGGGUUCUGGCCGUUUCCACAGGGAGCAACGGGAAAACCAAUUCCUCAUCACUACUACGACAACAAACUUCCCAAACCAGGCUUCCACUCCAUGUCCGACGAGUUCUUCUUCUAUACCAAGAUGCACAGCAUGGGAGUCCUCCGACUAAAAGUGGGAAGAUGCUUUUGAGAUGUUGGCGUCAGAGGAGGGUCGGGUAAAAUGGGUCACGUAAGAGACGUUUGCGACUCCUUCUCGGGGGGUAAAUGGUUUCACCAAACCCAUCCGUAAUAAAAGCGAUGAGUUCCCACUCGAUUCCAAGAGCGGACUUUCUCAACCAACACCCAAGGAGGUGAACCUGCUUUGGGCUGAGGGACUGCGAUGCUUUGUUUAUGUAUUUCGGUUGAAUCAAUCUUUGCUGCUUCUGGGUCAUGAAAGUAACUUUCCUGUAAAAAAC